AUGGCAGCUGCCAGCUCCCAUGGCGACAUGGCGCUCGUGCCCAAGGAGCCCGAGCCCAAGAUUGCAGACCCGUCCACGUUGUUCCUGAACGAUCGUGCGAGGUUUCCGACGAUAUACGACAGGUUCGUCGGCUACGUGGCGGGUCCCGAGCUCGAGAAUCUAGUGUUCAGGCUGCACGCGCGUCAACCCCGAUGGCUGCCCCUCGUGCACGAGGGCAAGUUCACCAUGACCAGGGACCCUGCCAACAGGAGGUGCAAGUCAGUUGAGACGAUUGGCAUAUGCAAGGUCUGUAAGGGGCCAUGGGUAAUUCCAGCAGGCGAGAAUCAAUGGACUGUUCUACACUGGGCGAGCUUGCUUGAAGGUGCCGAGAUGGCGAUGGAGAAAGAUCCCCACAAGAAAAACAGGACGGUUUGGAUCGCUCUCGAGGCUGGUUGUGACUCUGCUGUGGAGUUCGACCCGAACUUACCAGACGAUGUGAAAGACUACGUCAUCGAGCUAGGCAACGCCACCAACGUCAGCACUUUGGUGGUUACGGUGCUCCAGGUGUUCAUGUCUACCGAGACGAUUCUUUUUGGAUGGGCAAUCCAGAAGGAAAAGGUAACUGCUACUGGUGACGGUUGUGGCGGGGCGCUUACGCUCUACGCUCGCAGGCAUGCCUAUGCCAACACUGUAUUAUCUGGCCGCUGGCGCUCACAGAACGCGCUCGACGUGACGAUCAACACCUACAACCUUUUGCAGACAACGAUGACAUCGGCAGGCAUUUCAGUUUGGGAUCAGAUGGUCUCUUAUUUCGAGACAAAGGCUGACUACAUGCAUGAGUACAUGAAGGACACGAACGCGGUCAUCCAGAACAUCAGUUGCAUUUGCAAGGUGCUGUGCUCUACUUAUCCCGACUUCGUCGUUCCUGUCAUUGCCCUCGUGAUCCCGCACCUCGAGUCUGAACCCCUCGGGGCGUGCCCAGCGCUGCCAGAUGGCAUUCCGCAGGGCAAGUUGCGAAAGCUGUCCGAGGCCAUGGUGAGGAACUUACUGGCGAGCAUGGCCGACAGCGCGACUAUGAAGGCGAAGGUCUCUGCGGGGUGCGCGUGCGCAUCGGAUGGGGGCAACGACGUGUCUUUCCUGAGUGACGUGAUCCAGUUCACCGCGAUGCUCAAGCACAAGCUGAACGUCCCCCAGGACUGCCUGAACGCAUACUCGUCGAUCCUGUGCUUCUGCCAGCUGCAGGGAGAGGUACAAGUUCCAGGGAAUGGCAACACCCCAGCGAGGACGAUCAGCAGAUACACCGCGAUGAAGCGCCACAUCAUCAACGCUGCAUUCAAAGCAUCUGGCAUGGCAAAGAAGCCCAGCGACCUUGAGAUCUACUACGCCGACGCAGGGGACGACAGCCAGCUUGCAGAGUCGCCCAGCAAGGCGCCUCUGGAGGAGAAGACUGACGAGACGCUCUUGGACACCUUCAAGACCUUGCAGGACAACGGUUCGGCGGCCCGCAUGAAGUCCUACCUGAUGGUGAACCCGAUCGACAAGCCGAUCCAGUUGCACAUGGCAGUCUGCGGGAUUACGAGCAAGGUCUACACGUCUAUGAUUGGAGCACGCGGUGGUGCAGAGGGCAAGUCUGGAACUCCAGAUAGCCAACGUGAGCUGAUCGAAGAGGCCACGAAGCGCGUGGUCACUGCCGUCAUGGAUGAGAUGCCGUUGGCGUUCGACGAGAUAGUGAUAAACUUUGGACAGUUGUCGGAAUUCAAAUUUGCUUUGACAGCUGUUUCAACCAGGAGCGACUAUGCCGACACGGAGCUUCUGAGGAAGACGUGCGAAGAGAUGGGCGUGAUCGGGGCCACCGGCCGCAAGAAGCUGAACAUGGUCAGGCUGAACACGUUCUUCGCAGUGUGCAGCACGUUAUCUACGAUGCAGGCCCCCCUCAACGGCACUCCGAAAUGCAUGUUUGGCUUGCUGUCUGCGCAGGACGUCUUCAAGAAGAUCGCGGAGUCCAUCGAGAGCCAGCGGCGCGGAGCGCAGGAGCCCAUCGAUAUCAAGAUCAUCACCAAGGCCAUCGACGGCGACGUGUCCAUGGCUGUUUGCCCGACCAAGGCGAAGGCGCAUCGCACGCUCGUCGCGGGCCUGAGGGGGAAGCUGCAGGGCUUCACUCAUACGCAGAUGAAGGAGUUCGUCGUGUCGCAGGGCUUGCAGAAUAUCGAGGUGCCGCCAUCCAUGGGAAUCUUCUCGUCUGUGAAAGCUGCGCUGGUAGAGGAUGUCAUGACUGCGGUUCAAAAGAAGUGCGCCGACACGACCUUGGCAGCCACGAUCCUCGUCGGCAACGUUGGCGACAAGGUGGCGAUCCUGCGCGACCAGCUGGCCAAGGCAAGCGCCACCGCUACAACUGCGGCGGCAACAGCGGCGGUCGUGGCACCGACUGCGGGGCAGACGGCUACUCCAACCAAGACUGCCAAGGAACCAGCCCCCAUCGCCGUCGACGACGGCAAAGGCAUUCCCCAGGGCGACUUCAACCUGACCAGCCUGGGGGUCACGCAGUGGAUCAGCAUGCUCACCGAUGAGGACCGCUCGAAACUAACAUACAAUAUUAAUGACACCAGCUUCCUUCUCGCCCUCACUUCUUCUCCCCGCCGUUCCUCCCAAAUUCGAGAGGGGCUGAAAUCCAACGGGCCCGACCACCUUGCCAUGGCCAGCGCGACGAAAGCGCGGGUGAUCGCCUCUGUGCAGGGCCAUUUCAUGCCACCCGCUGACGGACUGCAAGGCCGCUUUCUCCGCGACGCGCUGAUUGACUUUUCCAGGAAGAAGAGCGUGGGGACCUUGACAGCUCGUCUGGCGGCAGACGCAACGACCACGGAGGCUCCCGAGUUCGUUUGUUGGGGCAGGGUGGUAGAUGCGAUCGCUGCGAUGAGCCUUCCGCGUGGCACUCUGCUUCCACUGGGGACAAGCAACGGUUUGAGUUUGUUCCUGGAUGGCUCGAAGCUCCUCAACCCUUUGGUUUCAGACGCAUGCAUCGCAUGGAUGCUCCCAAUGAUCAAGGACGACGUGGACGGUGAGACCAACGCCGAUGCUGCCCCCUUGGUGGACAGCGCGGCCAACCCUGAGGCUGGUGCAUGCGCAGCUGGCAGCAGCAGCGGUGCCCAGCCGCCCAGCAAGAAGCGCAAGGGCGCCUCCGCUGCCAAGGCGCAGCAGGCGCAGCAGGCAGCACCCUCAGCAAAACCACAGCCGAAGAAGGCUGGCAAUCGCAAGAAGCUUUCUCACACGCACUUUGUCGAAUUCGAGACCGUGCAAUUUGAUGUCGACGUCGGCUCGACUGCCAAGGUUUUCACUUUCGAGAGGCCUUUCUUGAAAUCCAACCGUCCCCUCAAAGCAGGCGAGACUCUUCGUCGCAAAGCCUUCGAGUGGACGGAGGCCAACUCCCCAGGCGAGGUUGUCUCGGGCAGGACUGCGUCGGCGCGGAUUUUUGGCAUGUCGUGA